UGUUGGCUCUGUGCAGUGAGAAACGGUGAGCGCCACAGUCGGCAGUUAUACGCACGCUGUUUUAUUAUCAUGUCUCUGUUCAAAUACUGGAGACGCGUGUCUUCUGUCCUCUGAGACACAGGCUGUAGCCCAAAGUCUGCACUUGUUAAUUUGGGAAUAAAGGAUAUUUACUGGCAGCAAACUGUUAGUUUGUCGACUGUGUGACAUUAAUUUGGGAUUAAAAUGGUCAUCAAGGUCUACAUCGCCUCUUCAACCGGCUCUGUUGCGGUAAAGAAGCAUCAGCAGGCAGUGGUGGGUUUCCUGGAGGCCAAUCGCAUCAGCUUCCAGGAAAUAGACAUCACCAUGCUGGAGGAACAGAGGCUCUGGAUGUACCGUAACAUCCCCAGAGACAAGCAGCCAGAGAAGGGCAACCCGCUGCCUCCACAGAUCUUCAAUGAGGAUCGCUACUGUGGGGACUAUGAAGACUUCUUUCAGUCAAAGGAGAACAACACUGUGUUUGCAUUCCUUGGGCUCAGUUCCCAACCCUCAGUGAAAGAUUCAGAGUCGUAGCCUUGAUCAAACUGCUGGCGUGUGACGUCCAGGGAACCUUAAAAUAUGAGCACAAAAACUGCAUCACUUCUUGUGUUCCUUCUACAAUGCCAGCAUGUUGCCAAAUAUCAGACCCCAUGGAUAUCAAACUAUACAACCUUUCCUACGACCUUAAAAAAACUCUUUAAACAACAUUCCACCAUCACAUCCAAGACGUGUCUGAUUCUCAAGAGGCUACAGAAAAGUAACCGCAGAAGAAGUGGAUUAUGAUGAUGGGUACAUUUGUGUUUUCUUUCUCAUGUUUUAACAGCAAACACUGUCAGUAGCAUAAAUUCUGUGCAAACUAGAUUAGACAUGAGUGGACCAGAUGCUUUAGGUCAAUCCACAGUGCAGUGGACAUGGACUAAUUGACCAGGCACAAGUCAUAUGAACACACACCUGCAUUGUGUGUGUACAUGCCUUAGUGUGUGUGUGUGUGUGUGAGUGAGUGAAUCAGCAGCUGUUAAUGAAGGUUGCAUUAAGUGAGGGGAUCUGAGAGGCUGCACUUGAUGCAACCUGAAACAACACGAGGCCUCACAGUCUUGUAUGGCUGUGUGUGCGUGUGUGGGAGUGAAGACGUUUACUUAGAGGUGAUGGUGAGAUUACAGCUAAUCACAAAGCAGAUGAGACCAAGAAUUCUGAAACAUAUGAAGGAUCAAAACUAUAUCUUAUAACAUCGCCAGCAAGUGUGUAGUCACUGCCAUCCAAUGAAACAAACUGUGUUCCUUUGUUUUUCACUGCCAAAUUAGUUUGACCAAAGGACAAGGCUGGAGUUAUUCUCUAUUUUUUAUUGUCUACAGAUCCAUUAAAAAGACCAGAACCAAAGCCUGUCUGUCCUUCAGUACACUCUAACUUCCCUGCCCUGUCUGUCGUGCUCAGUCCUACUGAAGAAACCGAAAAAGGUCAAGUAAUUUCCUAAAAUAACUGGGCACUGUGGUUUUUAUCAAGUUGUACUUGAGUGAAUAUCACUUUUGUUAGGGACUAUCAUCAGAUAUGGAUACACAUUAGCUUUUCUGCAUUUCUGAUGUGCAUUUACACCAGCAGGACAGUAUGUGUCAGACUAAAAUAAACUAUGACGCCCAGAUUCAUUACAGUGGAAGAACAUGCCACCCAGUGCAACAGCGUGGCUUAUUUUUGUGUUUUUAAUGGUUUUUGGACAACAACAGAGCACUGUGGCACAGAGAAAUAAUAAUUGUUAGCUUUGGUCUUUUCAAAGGAUUUGCUGACAGUAUGAAAAUAUAGAUAAUUGCCAGCUGUAUCCUCAAGAGUGCAGUAGACAAGGCAUUGGAUAUUAUCAGGGUCACAUGGGUUACAGCACGCCACAAAUUGCAGUGGAGGAAAAUGAGUACAUUCAUUCCAUUUAUUCCUCAGAUCUCAGGCACCUGUACUUUAAUUCAGUAGUCUUACUUUAUGCUACUUUGUACUUCCACUCUGCUACAUUUUAGAGAUGCAUAUUGUACUUUCUACUCUACAUUUAUUUGAUAUCUAUAGGUACUCGUCACUUUUAAGAUGAAUAUUGUACAUGGGGGAUAAUGUGUAACAGGUGCAUAAAUACACAUUGUUAAAGAUUUAGCUAGUGGCUUCCGACAGUUUUAACUAAUAAAAUCUUCCAAAAAACAGUGUGAUGUCACAUUUCAAAUGUCUGUUUUACAGUGAUUCUUCCCCCUUAACUUCUCAAAUGGUUUCAUUUCAGUAAAGGUUCGAAUGCCCAAUAGUUUUACUUGAAUAUAUUGGGGCUACAUUUUGCUGCUGAUGUAUUUUUAAGAUUUUUCAUGCAGGAUUUAGACUUAUAAUGGAGUAUUUUUACAUCACUGUAUUGCUACUUUUUCUUAAGUAAAGGAUCUGAAUACCUCUUCCACCACUGACAGAUUAUGAGCACAAAUCUUAUCUGACAGAAGACUUAAGGAAUUCCAAGAUCUGGCCACGCUUACAGACUCAGCUUCCCCUGCUCUACCCCCUCUUCUCUCUAUAUAUUUCCAAAUUUCUGAGUAAAUGGAUGCUGAGCCAAUGUGAGCAGUGUUUGUGAACAUAGACUGACACAUCACAGCCAACUCUAGUUCUCUGUCCUCCGAAACUGUGUUGUAUGCUCUCUCUCCCAAUUACCAACACUAAGCAUCCUUAUUAAAUUAUCACAGGUGGCUAGUUGAUUAAUUCCUGUAUGUUUACACAUGAAGGACACAAGUAAACAGAUACACCAUACACUCUGCCAUUUUCUCUCUAAAUGUCAUGCCUUCAUGUGAAAGGAUGUCAUUUUCACUUAUUUCUAAUCGAGUACAGAACAUCAUUAAAUCUGUCACUAACCACAUUCCUGUUUUGCAAAGUUGUAGCAUCAAUUAUUGUCAAAUCAUGUGCAGUGAUUUUAUGUGAAUGCAUGUUAACAAGUCUGUUUGGAACACAAACUGAAUAAAUGUUAUGUUGCACCUCU